AUGUUAAGCAUAGCAACCGCAAAUCUUGUCUCAAAGCAUUAUCAGUCGGCUAACGUGGCUAAUUUUAUCGUGCGUUACAUUUCUCUUGUCCUCUGUGUGAUACAGCGCGUAAUCGUUUGUUCUUCAGGUAAGAGUGUUUCUGAUAAAGUAAUUUCGAUUUGUGUUAUUCGCUCUCCCAAAUGUUAGACACUAUUCCUUACAUUUUCCACUAGGCAAUAUACAAAAGUGCGAAUUUAUUGUAAAGAAUAGUUCAGUUACUCAUUCAGAUCUACCAGCCACUGUUAAACGCACCCACCAGCUGCAAAAUUAACGAUAACUUGAAAUAUAAGACAGGAAAGCCAAAGUCCAGCUAGGUAAUGAAUGAAAAAUCUUGGAUUACAUAGAAUGUAGAGGUUAAUGCUCAUGAACAAUUUGUUUAUAGUAUUUCUCUGAUUCGUACGCACAUACUGCACGGACCAUGUACUAUCUUCCUGUGAGAGUAAGGUUUUUUCUUAUUUUAAUACUCGGACACAUGAUAGCUGAUAACACAACCCAGGAUUUUGCGUUUUUUUUAAUUAUUCCUAUCAUCACCAUUAUCUCAAUAAUGGUUAUUAUCAAAGCCAUAGCAAAAUUCUCGAAAGCGAUUGGUUAGCACCAGCCCGAUUUGGGUACUAAUCAAAACAACAUUCUUGAACGUGAUUGGUUAUCACCAGCCUGACUUGAGCACCAACAUAAUAGGAAAGUGUACGCGCAUGCAUGUGUAAGUGGACAGAACGCAUCAUGUGCGCGCGCUGUUGUCUCGCAUUUCGCCGAGUUAACUGUUUUUUUUUUAUGAAAAUGUAUAACCGAUUUCUAGUUCCUUUCUCAAAAAAAAUUUCAUAGUUUCAAUUAAUUAAUAACAGGACUUCGUGUCGUCCAAUUCGAUCCGUAAUCACACUCGUAAUUAACAAAUCGCACUCCUGCUUCGCGAUCGUCCAAUUUUCUUAAUCACUCGUAUGUUUGCAUACCGAGCUGGACUGCACUAGGUCUCAUUACUAUUAUUAAUAGGACAGUGAACGCAUCAUGCUUGUAAUCGGACAGUGUAAUAACACGUCAUGCCUGUAUAAAUGGACUGUAGGCGUCAUGUGCACGCGUUGCUGUCCUUUUUUUUUGAUACGUUGCGUAUAGCAGAUGUCUGGUUUCUUUCUUGAAUUUUUUCGAAGUUUUGAUUUAUUCGUAACAGGACUUCGUGUCGUCCAAUUCUGCAAGUUAUCAUACUCGUGAUUAAAAAAUUGGACUCCCGCUUCGCCGUCGUCCGAUUUUGUCUAUCACUCGCAUGUUUACAGACUGAACUGGACUCCACUCAGUCCUAUUACCAUUAUUAGUCAUUACUCUUUUUACUAUAACUAUUAAUAUCUUGCUAUAAUUAUUACUAUCGUCAUGAUUAUAAUCAUCAUUAUCAUUAUUAUGUCAAUAUUUUAAGUUCAGAGAGUUUUGACUUACCACAGGAAAACUGUUUUUAAUUUACAUUCAUAACUGUAUUAGAGAUCCUUAAAAUGUGGGUGAGGACUAGUUCACAGAUUUUUAUCAUAUAAAGUGAAAGGUGACGCCAGUUACUGGGCGUAAAAGUUUCUUUUUUCGUGGGAAAUAAAAUAUCAAAACAUCAAUAGAUAAAUAAAGAAGCUAAAACUUUUAAUGAUUUUUGGCGGAGGGUGAAGAAAUAUGCUUUCACUGAUAAUAACUGUUUUUCUUGAGGAGAAUGUCGUCAGUUGGAGUUCAAGGCGGAGCUAGCUUUACCAAGAAAACGUCUUACGAAUCACAUGAUCAGAGUAUAUGUCGACAAGACAAUAGACCAUUAUGAAGUACUUUGCUAUUUGGAACCCAAUUGUGUGAGUUAUAAUUUUAAGAUAUGGAAUGAAAAUGAGGGAAGCAGUUGCGAACUGAAUAAUUCAACUCAUGAAGGACAGAAAGAGGACCUUGUUGAAAAUGCUAGUUAUGUCUACCAUGGAGCACGGGUAAGCGAAGUUGUUUGAUUUUCCAACCAGAAAUGGCUUUAUUAGUAGAGUAACUAUUUCAAAAAAAAGAAAAAAAAACUAUUCAAUUCAGGGAACUCUGACUCGUCACACGUGCACAAAUGAUACUUUAGAAAAUGAUAUAAGAAUAAAUCAUUCAAAAUGCCAGGCGAUAAUUAUAAUUUCGAAAAAUCAAUUUCGCUGCGAAAAACCCAUCAUUCCAGACAGCGACACGCUAGAGAUGUUUGGAGCUACUGUUAACGAUAUCUUAAAAUUCGAUAAAGAAGUUUAUAACACAGGAAAGUUCCUCAAUAGGCCACAGUUUUAGAGUGUAUGUGAAAUACGCUUUCUUAUGAUUAAAGAAAUAAAUGUCAUUUAUUGUUCCACAGUUAAAACGCUUAAGGGUAGGGAUCGGCUGAGAAAUUGGAAAGAGUAAACGGAGUGUUAUUUAGCGAUUUUUCAUAUGAAGAACUUCUUAGUGAUUUAGGUAGCACAUCGGUAGGUUUGAACUUAGGCCCUGGUGUUACCAAGGGUCCAGGUUUUAAGUAAGCGUCAUCUAGUUUUUUUAAGACCUUCAUAAAUGCUUUAAAAAAUUGAAUCAGUCCUUCAGACUGUUUAGUAUCUCUGAAUUGCCCUUUUCUUUCAAAGUUUUUAUUUACAGAUGACUCUAUUUGUAAUUGUAAAUAGGUUUAUUUCUAUCGUAAAUAGUUUUAAUAGUAUUGUAAAUAGUUUUAUUUCUAUUGUUUCCACAUUAAUAAUUAUCGCUUAAUCAAGAUUUUAUUUGUUAUUUUGCUGUUGUUUUCUUCAAAUUUCAUAUUCUGAUUUUCUCCACCUCGCUAAAUGAUAGACCAUUACUUGCUUGAUUUUUUUAUUUUUUCAAUUUAGAGCGCAUGUACAAGUAACCCUUGCAAGAACAACGCAACCUGUCAAACCGGUUUUACAGAAAGAGGUUACCGAUGUUUGUGCGUCAUUGGUUUUACUGGUCAUGAGUGUGGAGUCGGUAAGUACUACCUAAAAAAAAAUCAUGUUAGCGAGAAUGAACGUACUUAACCAACGCUUUUUAAAGGCAGUUUGGUUUUCUAAGCCAAACAAACUAAAUUUAUUGGCCUUAAUUCUCCCCGCCAACAACACAACGAUAACACUGUCUGUUUUUGGCCAUGAGAGAAGUUCAUUUCCUAGAAUGAUAAAAGUGGAUUGAACAGUGUCAAAAAGGGAAGCGAAUCAUGGGAAUCAUGAAUACACUAAGGUAUGUCACGUGGUGUGUGACAAUUAAUCCCUUUGCGCAAUAGCGCCCAAUGAGGAAAAAUUGUAAUUUUCAAACAUGAAUAAAUAGGUGAAAAGAUAGACAAUCGCAAGGAAAGAACCUUUAGAGGAAAAAGUAAGACAACUUUGAUGUGUUUUCCAGAUGUCGACGAGUGUGCUUUAGGAACAGACAAAUGUAGUGUCAAUGCUUUGAUAUUCUGGGGAUGGUACCGAUUGUGAUGGUAAGUAGAUUUUGCGACUGUAUUGUGUUGUGCCAAAAUCAACAGAAAGAAAACAAAAGAAAAAACUCCUUCUUCAAGAUGUGAAGGAUGUACUUAAGAAACAAGCGAAUUUCGAAUGCAAAUCUCAUUCUUCUGUUUAAAUCUCACCUUUAACUUAAUUUCGCUUUUUUUUUUUGCUUUGUCUUGUUUUUUCUAGAAAUGUCCUGCCAAGACCUUUACCAGACGACCUCGUGAGUUGCACUGUUACUGUUAUUUAGGACAGCAUUUAUUUUACAUAGAAAAUGAACGCACCAUUAAAAUAAUGAUAAUAAUACAUUGAGAUAAAGCUCAAUUUAAGUAUUCUGUUCAAUUUAAAAUCCUCAGAGUCAGUACAAGCCCUCACUGUAGUCUUGGAGCAUGCGGACAAGGUGCUUGGAUGCUUGUGAUGAAGAUUGACGGCAAAAAGGUAAUCAAAAAUAAUGACGGUGAUUUCCUCACAGCUCCACAGUAAUGCAAAUGACUUGCUGUGAGUUUGCUUCUCAGUUACAAUCAAUCUUUCAUUGGUUGGUCCAAGUGUGAUUAGUGUCUGAGGAACAAUAAUAAUCGAAUUACUUUUAAAACAGAAGGCGCCUUUUUUAACGAUUUUUUAGAAUGUGUUGUGUCCAAUAUUUUGUCCGGCUUUACGACACACAUACAUGCUCGCGGGUAAAACGAACGGCCACUACUUCAUAACUUUUGCUAUGAAAAAUUAUUUCACCAGAUUACUUUAAAAAUAGAUCUCGUGUGUAUUAUCAUUUCGAUUCAUAUGCACACAGGAAACCUUCCGUUAUGACUCUAAGUAUUGGACCAAUCAACUGGAAUACAAUCCUGUUGGAGGGCAGACUGGGUUCGACUCACAAGAAACCAAGCUAAUGACCUACUGGAACACAUCCUUCACAAAGAUCUGCCUCGGUAUGAAAGUCGACCAACAAAUCAGUUUCAUUGCCGUAGAACAGGAGGCAAGCUCCCUAUUUUCACUGAUCGCUGACGGGCAACACCGCGCCACUUCACUGGGUCGUAAAACGUGGAAGACUCUAAUUGGUUCAGAGGCGUCCUUGCAGUUAGUAUGCAACAUGGAGGGGUUCAAUGUGGUCAGUUCGGAUGGUUUUAGUUCCAAGGCAAGAAUCGGCAUCAUAAGUAAUGAACAAAAUGACUGUAGUACGUGCGACUCGAGAAUUGGAUUUGGCAUAUAUGGAUCUAGUCUCAGUUCCAACAGAUGUGGAAAUGUAGCUCAGCAUUCACCAGAUAAUGGCGAAAAAAACAUAGCAGUCAUGGGAUACAUUUUUGUCCGUUAA